CAAUGUAUUAUUGGUUUGGCAAAAAUAAGAAGCAAGAAGGCUUGAUAGUGUAGUAGACCGCUAACUUAAUUAAAUUUUCGGUUCCAAAUUUCUAGUCUGUUUAAACAGUUAAUUAUGAGCCAUCAUGUGGUUCAUUUCUCGAUUUUUAUGGAUUUUGUUUGUGUACACAUUCUCUUCAUGGAUAUAUGUGUCUAUAGUCAAAUUAAAUUAUAAUUUGGAAUACUUGGGGAAUUGGCUAACUGUGAAAAACGAACCAUCAGUCAAGACUUAUGACUACAUUAUAGUUGGAGCCGGAAGCGCUGGAUGUGUUUUAGCAGCUCGACUAUCGGAGAAUGCAUCCGUGUUGCUGAUCGAGGCUGGUGGCAAACCCCUGGCCCUGUAUGACAUCCCACUCACUGCGCCCAUGCUGCAACUUACACCUUAUAAUUGGCAGUACAAGACGGAACCUCAGGACAAUGCCUGUCUUGGACUUGUUGACAGGCGAAGUGUCUGGCCAAGAGGUAAAAUACUGGGUGGGACAGGCAGACUCAACUACAUGGUUUACUUGCGUGGCCAUCCAGCAGACUUCGAUGGUUGGCAGAGCAAUGUUAGUGACCACUGGAGCCGGGAUGAGAUAGCUGGAUACUUCAAACGGUCGGAGAAACAGAUAGGCAGUUUUGUUAAUGACAGCAAGUACCACUCAACCAAAGGCCCCCUCCCUGUGUCAGAUCUCCAAUACGCCUCCGGACUCGUCCAGGGACUACUUGGAGCAUCCAGAGAGCUAGGACUCGGUGUUGGAGAUCUGAAUGGUGCCGCUGGUGGCUUUGGUUUCAUGGAGACACAGGCUUCUUGUCAGAAUGGUGCACGAUACAGUUCUGACUAUAUGCUGUCUGGUAGAGACAACAUAACGAUCUUGUUACAUACGCACGUCACCAAGGUACUGUUGAGAGAAAAUUAUGAGGCUUACGGGGUCCGAUGUGAACGGCACGGCCACCACUUCACGAUAGAGGCUCGUCGGGAGGUUAUAUUGUCUGCAGGCACAAUUGGCACACCACAGAUACUCAUGUUGUCCGGGAUUGGCCCCGCCAGACAUCUACGUCGGCAUAAGAUAAAAGUGGCUGUGGAUUUGCCUGUGGGUGACAAUCUGCAAGAUCAUGUCUCCACUGGGGUGGAUCUCGUUAUAACCAAUCAGAGUUCUCCUAUUUCCUGGAAAACUGUUGUCAACCCCCUGAGUCCUCUACAGUAUUUGUUCGGAAAAGGACCGAUGACUCACCCGGGCUGUGAAGUGGUGGGACUUGUUCAUGCAAAUCUGGAUGAACAGGCGGACAGACCCCCUGACCUGCUGUACAUGGCACUACCUGGAGGACUAUCCAGUGAUGCUGGGGUUGUAUUGAAGAUGGCAAUGGGAAUAGAUGAUAAGCUAUUCAGGGAUUAUUUUGCAGAGUUGGUUGGCACACCUGUCGCCACCCUGCUGCCAACUGUAUCGCACCCACACAGUAGAGGCUGUUUGAGGUUGCGCUCGAGUAACUACAGAGACGCUCCCAUUAUCAAUCCACGCUAUCUCAGUCAUCCACAAGAUGUUGAAGUAUUGAUAAAAGGACUGGAACUACUAGUGAAGCUCACGGAAACCAAAGCGAUGGCUGCAAUCGGUGGACGAGUCUACACAAAGCCACUCCCACCCUGUGCUCACCAUGAAUUUGCCUCCUACUCUUACUGGGAGUGUUAUGUUCGUCACUUGACGCUCACCACAUACCAUCCUGUCGGAACCUGCAAAAUGGGUUUGAACUCAGAUCCCACAACUGUUGUUGAUCAUACGCUCAGGGUACACAGAACGUCACGUCUGCGAGUCGUCGAUGCUUCAGUGAUGCCAACUUUACCAAGCGCCAACACCAACGCUGUUGUAACAAUGAUAGCGGAGAAAGCUGCUGAUCUCAUCAUAUCUGACUGGGAACAACGCAAGGAUAUACCUUGUUGUACAGAAGACAGUCCUUACCCUAAGACAGCUUAUGGUGACUUCCAAUUAACUUAAAAUUUGAACAAAUUAAAUAUUGGUCAAGAAUAACUAAGAUGGCCAAGUCUUCUAAAAUUAUUGUAAUAGAAAUAUUUUUGGAGUUUGUUAUGUAUUAAAAUCGUAUUUAAAUGGUACUGUUUUUAUGUGUAUUGUAUUGAGUAAUUGUUUUAACAUUUCACUUUUGAUUUGUUAUUUAAGAACCAACAUAACAUUUAUGUUUGUAUAAAAGACAAAUCUUGGAUUACACUCUUAAAGUACUUAAACAUAGAAUUUAUGACAGAGCUAUCAAUAUGCCAAGAAUUCAUAAUUUUGUUUCUCUCUCUUUUAUUGUUAAAUGAAAACUAACUUCACUGAAAAAAUAUAGGGUCUAAAAUUGUGCCUUUUGGUAGAUAAAAUACUUCCCCAGGAACGGAUUUGAAGAUCUGCCGCCAUGCGCUAUAUGCCACUCCCCUUUUCAAACUGCUAACCGAAAUAUUACACCUCUCAGUCUAUCAACUGUUAUAAUGUAACAGUGUAUGAGAAGAAGGCCGUUAAAAUCCGUCUCCACAUGGAACAUUUAGGUUGUGGCAAACAAAAGAAACAGGAAUGAUAAAUACAUUACAGAAAAGUAUCAAACAUGUCAUAUCAAUUUAACUUUGACAAUAAUAAGAUAUACCCAAUACUUUAAAUUGUAAUUUAUCAAUAUACUCUUCUUUUUUAAUUUUUAUUUUAUUUGUUACCUUUGUCACUUCUGGUCACUUUCAUCAUCAAAUGAGCUUAAGUUUCCUUCAUGAAAUUCUUACUAUUACACAUGCAUUGACACUCGUAACGAUGUAGAGGCCAACUUCCCACAUCAUUCUGAACUAUUUUCAACCACUUGAACGCAGCAGAAAUAAAAUUUACUCUCUGGUUUCCUGAACAUUGGCUUUGGCACCCACUUGAAAGAUCUCAUUUUUACCAAGUUAUGUUAACAAUUUAGAAUAAACUACUUUGACAGUGUCAUCAUUCCACUUAACUAAAAUGUCUCUUAUCCUUUAUUUUGUAUUCAUCCAUGAUUUGGGAAAUCAUGUUUCAGACUUAUUCGAAAACCCGAAUAAAGUGUAUUAUUUUGUAGGUUUGUAAUAAUAAUUGUAGAGUGUCAACUGAAAAUCUGACAAAAAGUGGGAAGUGACGUAUCAUACAAACCAUAUCAUAUCAUAUCAGUGAUGCUCAAGUCCUUUGUCUGACAAAUAAAGACUGCAAAUAAUCUGACGAAAGGGCUGUAGUGGUGCUGUUUGUCACUUGUUCCCUUUCGAUUGAUAACUUGAGUAAGAAAUUAAUGGAUACACCAAAACAAAAAUCAACCUUGGUUGCAUUGCUGUAGAUCUAACUUAUACGCUCAUUUUUCGGAUUAUAAAUCUCAAUUUUCAAUAUUUUGCGCUCAUGCCCUUUAGCCAGAUAAGUGAUGCAUUGAAUAAAAUACCCAACAUUCUAGAAUAGUUCACCCAUUUGACAACUGCUUUAAUAUUCUAUUUAAGCUACUGUACUGCUUUAAAAAGAAAACAUUAAUUAUUAAGAAUGCAAAAGUUUAUUGUUACAAAAUAUGAUCAUAGCAGUUUCCUUUACAACUUUGAAAAUUGCAGACUGCCCAGCAGUGGUGGCGGGUAGUGCCCGACAGGGCUGGUGACAACAGUCAAGACCCCUACACCCUUAUACAGCUAUCGUAGAGAUUGUUACACAGCAAAAUUGUAAAAAUCCUGUUAUCUAUGUGGCGAUUGCAUAGUAUGUAUGGGAGUGUAGAGCUAUUAUAGAUGGGCCAUAAGAACAUGUCGAUCUUUCUCUAUGACAUAUCAUCAAAUGUGCACUAUAAUUGCGAGUUUUAGGUUGAUACAUUUUUCAUCAGUGGUACUACUUAAGCCUAUUUUAGUUCUAAUAACAAAGCUAGCAGAGCUUGUUCUUUCUGAUCUAUAUUUAGCUAUGUUUUAAAGGGUUUUGUUGUAAUACUUUAGAUCCAGCCCCAAAUAGAGAACAGGGACUUUUUUGUUUUUUUUUUCCCAAGGAUGGGGAAUCUGCAGCCAGAUACCCUGAGGUUAAUCUUCUUGCCUUCACUCCAGGUUAUGCGGGUUUGACUAUGUUAUAAAGAUCGCCGACCCGUUAAACCCCACCCUUUUCUGCCCACCUAGCCGGAACCGCUUCAUAGCAUUUCUUCAGCUAAGUAAGUGCCUUGUGCUACCACCUUACUGCCUCAUUGUUUUGUCUUCCAUUUUUCAACAAAUUAUGGAAAAGGCCAUCCUGCUGAUUGCAGCCCACUUGUCUUCAGACUCCAACAUACAGACGAUUAGGGUCUCAGGUAUCAGGUAUCCGGUAGUACCAAAGCAGUUUGCUCGUGCUUCUGCCCACUUCUCACAGUGGAAGAAGGUGUGUUCUGCGGUGUCUUCCUCCUUGCAGUAACGACAGGUGCUUGAUUCGCUUUUUCCAAUCUUAAUUAGCUAAAAAUGUUUUAAUGUAAAACCGCAACUUGUGAAAUUAGCUAAAAAUGUUUUAAUGUAAAACCCCAACUUGUGACGUCUUAUUGUUCAUAUCCUAAUACAAUUACUUCAAUCCGAUAUUAAUAAUGGCCUAUCCCUAAAGUGCUCAUUUGAAACACAGACAGACAUAUAUCUAAUAUAAAUGUAAAUGAGUGCUUCAACUAGUGAAGAUAAAAUAAAGUAUACAGAUCUACAAUGUACCUAACAAUUAAAAUGAAAUUAUUUAUACUUGAAAUAAAAUUGAACUGUUUGACAAGUGUGCUGAAAGUACACUGUUCAUGUAUUGUGUAUUGUACAGUAGUUUUAACACAUUGACUGCAGCAGAUGUACCAUUGAGUACUGGAUAGUUAAGAUAUUCUAUAUCACUUGGUGUACGGCUAAUUAGUUUUUUAUCACCCAGCAAAGUAAUGGCAGCGUAUUACAAUAUCAAUUUCCUGUAAAUGUAGCUGUAUAAAAUAUUUGUUUAAGACUAAAUUUUAAUGAAUUAAAGUUCCUAUAGUAAAAUAUUAUUGCACCAUUAAAAAUAUAAUGUGUUACAGUAUAUGGUACUACUAUUGCUAUUACCUACUGGAAGAAUUGUUUUAUCAUGUAUGCUACUAGAAAUAAGAUACUUAAUCCUUUUGUAUGGAUGAACAGCAGAAUUAAAACAUGUGGCAGAAUUUACAGUCUCAUGUUUGUUGAGACUUUUAUAAAAUACAUAGCAUACAUUGUAUGACAUUUGAUAGAGAAAAUUUGGUAAAUGACACAAAUGGUAUUACUUUCCUUUAUUUUAGGUGAAUUGAUUUUAUUAGGUAAAUUUUAUCACUCAUAUGCUUAAUAUAAGUAAAGUAAUUGGUUAUCGAUAAUAAUUUUUUUCAUUCAUUUUUUUCAUAUUUGAUCAUUCUAAACAUGUUCUAGUCCAAAAUAGUGUAUAUGUUGUAAAAAAUACACAUUUAAAAUUACAGGAAUAAGUUUAGUUGUAUUAUUUGUGUUGAUAGAUGUUUUUAGGUUGCUUAAAGAUUGGUACAGAUCAUAUAUCUAGCAAUUUUUAAUCUAAAGCUUUAACAUAUUGAAUUCAAUUUUUAGUAAAUACUUUAACCAUGGUACAUACAAUGCAGAUUGUAUUAUUUUCAUGAGAUUUGAUAUGCCAGUUUAAUUUAUAAUCAUGUCCAGGAAAAUCUUUGCAUUUUUAACAUUUUAAAAUAAUUAAUUUUGGUUUACCAAAACUAUGUUUUUCAGUAAAACCUCAAAACUUUGCCUAUUCAAAAAUAGCUCUAUAUAAAUUACACCACCAAUUAUUGUUAAAAGUUUGGAUAAACCUCUCAAUCCUGCUAAAAAUAUUCCUAAAAUAAAAAUAUUUGAUUUUGUAGAGAAUGUUGAAAUUAUUCAAACAACAUUCCGAAACAUACUUUAGCAGUGGUACUAAUAAUUUCAAAAUGUAAGUUCUCAGAAAAGUAUUACUGGCAACAUGGCCCUUUCAGUGCCAUGCAAAAAUAUUUACUGCUACAUUUUUUCACAGACAUGCUCUAAACUACCAGAGGUAAAAUAGGGUACAUUGCAGGACUUAACUAAAAUAUAUAUAAAUUAAGUACUAAACUAUGUAGUAAAAAAUAUAUAAAUCAAGUACUUAACUAUGUAGUAAAAAAAUAUACAAAUAAAGUAUUAAACUCUAUAUUAAGACCCCAUGGAUGCAGUACGCCCAAAGAGGAAAAUUUGAACUCAUCCUAAAUUAAAACCUAAAUUUCAUUGUUGACAUUGAUGCUAAAAGGUUAAAAAAAUGCAUAAUUAGCAGUUCACAUACGGCUUAGAGGCAUGGAAGUGGAAACUCUGGUGGUAAUUCAACAAGUGCUUAAAGCAAAAAAAAUCAGUGGGAAUAUGUGUAGGAUUGAAACAAUUUAUCAGCUGCAGAGAGGUCUUUAGGACACUAAAAUCCUAACAAUUGUGUUACUGUAUUCAUGAAAUUGUGUUGCUCACAAUAAAAGAACAUCACAUGGCUGCUAAGGGCAAUGAACUUCACAACCAGAGAAACACUAAAUUAUACCCUUCCAUUGAACCACCUGAUUCAAUUUGAAAAGAAACCAAUGUACAUUCACAACCUCCUUCACUGGAACUGAGAAGCAAGGAAGUGAUUGAUCUCGAACCCACAGUACACAGAUUGCUUAUGGACUACAUAGAAGAAUUCCCUCAAGGGGCCUUUGACACACAACUUUAUAUUGUGAUAUAUACUUGUAAAUGUAACAAUUACGCCAGCACUGUUCUCUAUGAAUGUAUGGUUUUGUCUAUUGUUUAGACAUAUGUGUACACUAGAAGAAAUAAAAUUUCAAUUCUAAUUGUGAUUUUCAUUAUAUUCAUCUUAUCUCCUUCAACUCUAAUCUUUUGUAUCCUAAAGUACACCAUUAAGUUCUAAAAAUAUUGGUUAUUAAUAAAAUUGAUUACAACAAUAUUUAAAUUGCAGUGCAAAUUUUGCCCAUUGCAUUUCAUGAAUUAGUCUAUUUCCAUUGUUAUUUUAUUAUGAAGAACUUGUAAUGUAUUAAAAUGCAUCCUUAUAUUUAUAAUAUCAAUGAUGUAAUAUUGUUUAAUAAAUUUACUACUGUUUGUCUUUUUUCACUAUGAAGUUACAGAAUUUUGUUUGUAAAUUCACCAUUGUUAUGGAAAACGUAAAACAGUAGCAUGAAUGUUAAGUUUAGCUCCAAUAGUAUUGUAUUGACAUUUAAUCUAGUUUGUAGUCAGUGUUAUAUUAGUUUUUCACCUUAGGAAAAGAUCAAACUAAACUGUUGUUGUUAUACGUAUCACGUGAUAAUGACUUAUGUCUGAAAAAACCAUUUUACAUUCACAAAUCCACAAUAUUAUUGAAAACUGGUAGUAUUCCAUUUAUUACAAACAUUUCCAUGUUUGAGACCUUAUGAUAAAACUUGGUAAAUUUAAGUAUAUAGGACAAAAACAAUAUUAAUUUGUAUGAUUAUUUAAAAUCCCAAAUUAACUUAUUAUAUCUCAUUGAUUUAUUAUUUUUAGUAUAGCACCUAUUUAUUUCCAAAGGUAAAUUUAAGCUUGUUUUAAUUUUAACCCAUCUUCUUCCUUUCUAACAGUUUAAUUGUAGUAAUUUAUUAAUAUUAUCUAUUGAUCUCGUUACCACUGAAUGUCUCUAGUCAGUGUUUGUUACUUCAUUAUUGUGUAGUAAUUAAUAAAUAAAUGUUGCAGUUGGAAUGUUCUUUAUUA